ACUAAUAAAGAAGUAAAUGAAGAAAUUAAUAAAGAAGUAAAUGAAGAAAUUAACAAAGAAGCAAAUGAAGAAACAAUUGCAGUAGCAGAGUCUGAAAAAGAUUUAACUCCAUUAAGUAUAGAAACAAGUGGUUCUGCUGCAUGUUUAGAAACUUUGGCAGAUAAUACAGAUAAUGAUAACACAGAAAUCACAGUGCCAUCCUUUGAGAAAAGUGAGACUGUAAUAAGUGAAGAAAAUAAUUUAAUUGAAAGUUCUUGCAAAAAAAGUUUAGCAAUUAAUGCAGAUAAGGAAACAUUAGAACUGGGUACACAUAAUUUAACAGAAAAUUGUGAUGUGGAUUCAUCAAAUUGUGAAGAUUUACUGGAAGUUCCAGAUAAUACAAAAAGUGAAUGUGCUAAAUCUACCAAUGAAAAUGUUGUGGCUGAGUUAGAAACACCUACAGAAAAAAAUAAACAUUGUGAUAAUCCAGAUGAAACAAGUACUAAUGCAGAUGACGAGCAAGUGUCUCAAAAGGAGGUUGAAUCAUUGAAAAAAACAGAAUCGGAAUCUUCGGACAGUAAUUUAGAAAAUCUGGAAAAGGAUUCUCUAUCUGAGAAGAACAUUGAACCCGAACACACAGAAUUUGUACAAUUUUCUCAUGACAAGCACGAUGAUACACAAAUUGAAAACCAAUCUAUGGAUGCAGAAGAUCCAUUUGGCGGUGAUAAUCUUGCUUCCGAAAAUGUGGAACAAAUAGAAACUGACAGUUUUGCUGACGAUGAAAUUAGCUUUAAAGGCUUAUACGAUCGAGGUGAUAAUUUACAGGAUGCAGUAAAUGCUAACAGUAACAAUUGUGAUGAAAAACUUAGUGUUGAUUGUGAAUCAAAUGAUUCUGAUCCAAAGAGUACCAAUGUUAAUAAAAGUAUGGAUAACGUUACUAAAACAUCAGAUAAUAUACAAACCACUGUUGAUUCUCUUGAAACUACAUCAAUGGACACCGAUCUACCGAGUAGCACAUCCGAGACAGGAACAGGAAAUGCUUCGUCUGCAAAAUCGUCCAAUGAGCAAAAUGAACAAGCAAAAAAGAAUAUUGAAGAGAUUACGCCAAUGGAAACAGAGGAGGAGCAAGCUGAUGUGUUACCAGGACAAGAUGAUGAAUUAUGUAUUAUUCCUGAUAGUAUGAAAGUAAUAAUACCAGAUAAGUCAGGCAAGGCAAUGGACAAUGAGCAAAGUAAAUCAGCACUUGAUAAAGACUCCAAACAUGAUGAAACAACAAGCAAAUCUAAUUUUGAACUUAAUAAAGAUAUGUCACAAGAUAGUCCUAGUUUAGCAGCUACAGAAAAUAAAGAUAAUGCGGAAAAUAUAGUAACCAUUCAGAAUGAACAUACGCCAAUAACAGAAGAUAUAAUCCCAUCAACAGAUGUUAUUAACAUUGAUGAUGAGUCCAAGAAUUCGGAGGUAGAAGAAAUCAUUACUAAAGAAACGUGUAAACAGUGCGGUGAGGAAAGAACGUGUAAAAUUCGGGUGAAAAUUGGUACACAAAACUAUCACGUAUGCUCGAAAACGUGUAAAGCAUUAUUCAAAGCAGCCAAUAAUAAAGCAGUGGACAUACCAAGCAACGGAAGUAGUUCUAAACAAGAGAAACGCUGUGCGAAUUGUAUAUCACUUAUAGAUGCGAAUGAGGAACGAAAUCUUUCUUGGGAAACCAUGGAAUUUUGUAAUGAGGAAUGCUUGGGAAAAUUCCAAAGAAAAUAUGGAAGUUAUUGUAAGAAUUGCAAUGGUCUGGUUCAAUCAGUGAGUUUAGGCAAAUAUUGUGUGAGAUUUGGGUGUGACGUAAGGCAGUUCUGCUGUUCGACAUGUUUAGAGGAAUUUAAAAAGGGUUUAAAAGUGUGCAGUUACUGUCAGAAAGACAUAAGUAUUAGUACAGAUGGUUUUCUAGCGCCAGUUGGAGAGAAAGGACAAUUUAAAGACUUUUGUACCCAGGAUUGUAUGGAAAAAUAUUCAAAAUUAAAUUCUUCAGAACCUGUGUCUACAGAAAAGAAACCCUGCAGUGUUUGUAAAGAGGAAAAACUUGUACAUUGCGAAGUUCAAAUAUAUAAUAGCACACCAGUAGCCAUAUGCAGUGAACCCUGUUUUGCAGCAUUUAAGUUUGUAAAGCAAGUGAAGCCCGAGCAAUGUUCGACCUGCAAGAAAUUUUUCGAACUACCAAAUAAGGCACACUUCAUGGUAUUUUACAAGAAUGAGCCCCAUACGUUUUGCCACAAGACAUGCUUAAAUAUAUUUAUCAUAACCAAUAGGAAAAUAGUCCCGUGUAAUUGGUGCAAAGUAAAGAAAUAUAACUUUGAUAUGAUUAAAAAGGAAUUGAAAUCGGGACAGAUUCUGAUGAUGUGCAGUUUAAACUGCUUAACGUUAUAUCAGGUUUCCAUUAACGCGGUAUCUGCAAAACGAAUUAACUGUGAUUUUUGUAAGGAGUAUUCCUUAGCACAUUAUCAUCUCACAAUGUCAGACGCGACAAUACGUAAUUUUUGCUCGUACAACUGUGUCAUGAAUUUCCAAGCGCAAUACACUAAAUCUCCUAUAACUAUACCAACGAGCGACGACCCUGUGCCUACAGGCGCGCCUAAAAGGACCACGUUAUCUCAGAAAAAUGCGACUCAGACGGUUCAAGUGUCGAAUGAGAUGCAAAAUAAGAAGACGAUGCCGGUUAUUUCUUCAGUAACAAGUUUAGCCACAAUAGGGAGCGGACAAGCGAGUCCAAACUCGCAGCAAAACGUGCAAGUCAUGCCUACGAGUGCAAUGUCGAAUCAAACGACGCAGAUUUUCUACAAGCAGCAGAUUAUUACUAGGCCAGCUAGUCCGGUAAAAAUUCACAACAAGACGACUCAAUGCAAACCUGUAGUGCAUACGAAGGGGGUUUCUGUGCGUCCUCAUCCUUGCAUGAAGUCAACGCAGACAACGGAAAAGCUUCAACAAGUAAUUGUGCCCAUACCAGUGCCAAUUUACGUCCCAGUUCCAAUGUACAUGUAUAACAUGCCUUUGCCGAUCCCGAUGCCUUUUCCACUACCCAUUCCCGUUCCCCUCUUCAUACCUACUACGAGGAACAGCGCUAAAGGAAUUAUGAAGGAUAUAAAGAAGAUACAAGAGAAGAUACCAGCUGAUCCAUAUGAAGCCGAACUCCUUAUGAUGGCAGAAAUGGUAGCUACCGAAAAGAAGACUAAUGAGAGCGAUUCGGAUUCGGUGGACGAUAGUGAUGGUUUCAGUCCAGAAGAUCCGGUUGAUUCCAGUAACACAUUCGGGGACGACAUGUUACAAAUGGCAUUGAAAAUGGCUACGGGAGAAUUGGAUGAGCCGGCGGUUGACCUUGAAGCUGCUUUGACGCCGAAUACGAUUACAGCUACGCAAUCAACGCCACAGACCGAAAACGCUAUGGACAACGAUGUGCAAUCUGAACGAUUGAUGGCUGCCUCUAGAGGAAGGAAGCGAGUGAUGCCGUACAAGCCACGAUCAACACCAAAUAAACGACCAAGACGUGUCUCCGGUACGAACGACAUGCCGUUAAUGCCACCACCAGAACCGCAACCGCCGCCGCAACCGCGCAUUAUGGAGCCGAUAGAAAAGCCCGACGCUAACAUGGCGCUAAAAUAUACAUUUGGCGUGAAUGCGUGGAGACAAUGGGUAAUUGGCAAGAAUGCCGAAUUAGAAAAGCAAAUUACGUCGAUGAGGAAAAUAAAAUUAUUCAAGACCGAUCUUUUGCAACUUACCGCGGACGAAUUAAAUUAUUCCUUAUGCCUCUUUGUGAAGGAAGUAAGAAAACCGAAUGGCGCGGAAUAUGCUCCAGAUACAAUCUAUUAUCUCUGCCUAGGAAUACAGCAGUAUCUGUUUGAAAAUAACAGAAUUGACAAUAUAUUCACGGACUCGUACUACGAGAAAUUUACGGACUGUUUAAAUGAAGUAGCGAAAAAGUUCUCUGUACUGUACAACGACGCACAAUAUAUCGUGACGAGAGUAGAAGAAGAACAUUUAUGGGAAUGCAAGCAAUUGGGUGCCCAUUCUCCACAUGUUUUGUUAAGCACACUUAUGUUCUUCAAUACGAAACAUUUUAAUCUUGUGACAGUGGAAGAACAUAUGCAACUUUCCUUUUCUCACAUUAUGAAACAUUGGAAGCGCAAUCCGGCAGCUCAGCCCACAGCAGUGACAGGAAAAGUUCCCGGUUCACGAAAUGUCCUUUUGAGAUUUUAUCCGCCGCAAUCAGCCCUUGAAGCUAAUUCAAGGAAGAAGAAGGUAUAUGAACAGCAAGAAAACGAAGAGAAUCCACUGAGAUGCCCCGUUAAGUUAUACGAAUUCUACUUAUCAAAAUGCCCUGAAAGCGUUAAGACGCGAAACGAUGUCUUCUACUUGUUGCCGGAACGUAGCUGCGUACCGGAUAGCCCGGUAUGGUAUUCAACAUCGCCUCUUGCGAAGGAACAUCUCAUCAAAAUGUUAUAUCGUAUUAAAAUGGUUAAAGAAAUUAAUGUAGCAUUACUAACGAGUUAAUUUCACCUAUUACUUUGAUCUCUUGUAUUAUUAAGCAAUGACAAGAAAAAUAGUAGGAACGGUUAGUCAUUUUAACAUUUUGACUGCCAAUUUUGACUGUGAAAUUUAAACCUAACUCCGGAAUCCGCAAUGUUCUUACAAUGUACAUUUAAUAUACUGAUCAAUACAGUAAAGUCUCUGGAGUUAGUGUCGUUAAAUGGAAAAAAAAUAGUGAGUUAUGUUCUCAAUUUUUAUAUGGUUUCAAAUUUUUCAUAUAAAUUAAUGACGAUUUUUUCUUAUUAAGGACAAACAUACCAUGUAUAGAUGUGCGACAUUCAAAAUGUUAAAAAAAUCUACAAAUAGUUAUCACAAAAGAAAAAAUAUGCGAUGCAGAAAUAUAGGAUUAAACAAGUUUUCCAGUUACUAUUGUAUAUUUUUCACUUCCUAAUAAAAAGAAACUUUUAUUGACCACAAAGAA